AUGUUCCUUGAGUUUUUUGAUAAUCUCCAUUCGACCUAUGUUUAUCUGCGAGAAAUUCAGGCCAUCAGCUUGCUCUACGAACAAAAACCCGACAAUUUCACACACGGUGCUGGCUGCGUAGAUUGUGCCGCUCACGACAACGUCACGAGCGCCCGGAAAAAUAUUCGUUUCGCUCGAAUUCCGUUUGUGCUGGAGUUGCCCUCUCUCAGUCGCACAAUCAAAUGGCAACCUCACGGACCUCUACAUACAAGCAGAAGGGUGACUUGGUCUACGGUUCAAGAGAAAAGCAUCUCAAAUGACUUCUUCCCCUUUGACCGAAACGAAGAAACACAAGAUUCCGAACGUACCGGCUCCCUAAGGUUCUAUCUACUUCAUUUCAAGUGUGCUGCGGUGCUGACACGCUUCACAGUCAAUAAUGCCUCUACACCUCCUCAGUCCAUCCCUGUGACGCGUGCACACACCCUCUACCUCGACCGUCCAUCCCUUACACGCGCUUUUGACCCACUUCUGCUCACGACAGGAUCUACGACGAAGAAAUUCCGCGAGGAGCUGCCCAAGAUCCUGAUGAACGGUGUUGGCGUGGGGGAAAUCGAGAGGCGGUGUCGCAUGAAAGGAGGAGGACCGGACGCGGACUCGCCCAACACCUCCACUACCUUCGGAAUCAUGAAAGAAAUGCAAAGGGUCUGUUCGUCCACGGCCAGCUGUCCUUGUUCUCACCUUGGAAGUCCAUCUGGAAGUCUUCAUGGACAAACUGCCGCUGUGACAGUUAGCCGUCAGUUUGGCUUGUCAAGCAAGUUGCGCGGUACAACGGACGAACGCGACUGGAUGCAGAUAUUCCGCGAAGACGUUAUCGAAGCUCAGUACAAGGCGGUACUACCAGACCAAUCUGCCAACUCCCCAGCCACCGAACGACCCGUUGAAACCGCCAACCAUUUUGCGUCCUAUCUAGCAUUUCCCGUCACUUUCCACGGCCUCAGGCUGCAGUAA